AUGAUAAACUGGAUACUAGUUGGCAGGGAGCAGAUGGUAAAUCUCACAGGCUAUAGAGCUGAUAGACGAUUCACUAGCAAGCUGAUAUGCAUUGCACUCCAGCAUAGCAAGGAAAUACAGCAGGUGGAUACGGUUCGAGCCUACACAUUCAGAGUUAGGUAUUUAGUUGAGAUGCAUAUUGCUCUGAGUAGGGAUAUGAGACUGGAGGAAGCUCAUGAUAUUGGGGAGACACUACAAUUGAAAUUCGAAUCUUUGAAGGAAGUGGAGAGAACUUUUGUUCAUCUUGACUUUGAAAUAGGACAUGCACCAUCUAGCGAGCAUAUACUCACAGGACCUGAUGAUUAG